AUGGAUAGAAUUUUACGAGGUAUAAUGAGAUAUCGAGUGUUAGAUCGAGCGAGCAUGGUAAAGCAGUUUCAAGAAGUCAAGGAUAAUCCAGUACCUAAAGCUAUAUUCUACACUUGUAUGGACAGUCGAAUGAUUCCAACUAGAUUUACAGAAACCUCUGUCGGCGAUAUGUUUGUCGUUAGAAAUGCUGGAAAUCUCAUACCGCACUCUCAGCAUUUCGUAGAUGAAAUGACAAGCUGUGAACCUGCUGGUUUAGAACUUAGUUGUAUCAUAAAUAACGUAAAACAUGUUAUAGUUUGUGGGCACAGUGAUUGCAAAGCCAUGAAUCUUUUAUAUAAAUUAAAAAGUGAAGAAGAGUCAAAUAUUGAACAAAGAAGAAUCUCUCCCUUAAAAUCUUGGCUUUGUACACAUGGAAAAUCAAGUUUAAAUAAAUUUUUGGAUAUUAAGGGUGAUUUCGAAAAACCAAUGCUUUUUACUGCUGAAACACCACAACGAAAAUUCGUAGCAUAUAUUGAUCCUGAAAAUCGAUUUUGCAUCGAAGAUAAGCUAUCGCAGGUGAACACUUUACAACAGUUACAGAAUAUUGCGUCGUAUGGAAUGUUGAAAAAACGUUUAGAAAAACACGAUUUACAUAUUCAUGCUCUAUGGUUUGAUAUUUACACUGGUGAUAUUUAUUAUUUUAGUAGAAGAGCAAAAAGAUUCAUUAUCAUUGAUGAAUCAAGCUAUGAAGUUAUAUUAGCAGAAGUUAGAAGAUAUUAUUCU